GGCUUUUCACUGGAACAGUCUGCAUUUAGUGAUAUAUAUCGACCUUUCUGCUGUGACCGAUUCCACGACGAAGAGUCCUCCAAGUGAAAUUACUUCAGAUGAGACCUCAGCCUUGGCAUGGCCAAACCAGUGGCGCUUAUCGUGGGAGCUGGCAUCGCCGGUCUGGCAGCUGCUUGGUGGCUAGACAAGGCUGGCUGGCAGUCGAUCGUCGUUGACAGGGCCGAAGCCUUUCGCGUCGGCGGCUAUACCAUGACCAUCUCCGGGCUCGGACACGAAACCGUCAAGCAUAUGAGCCUUCUGGACGAGCUUCAAUCGGUUGCCCAGCAUUUUGACUGCAACAUCAUCAACGACUGCAACGGCAGGGAACUGUGUCGUGUCAAGUACGUCGACGUGCACGGUGGUGGGCUGGAUGCGCUGGCCGUCCGUCGUGAUGAAUUGGCACGACUGCUCGCCAAAAGCCUUCCAGACAGCUGUUCGAUCCGAUUCCAGGAGACCGUUAGCGAGUUCACUGAGGAGGGAGACAAGGUUCGUGUCGUCCUCGCCGGGGGCGACGUGAUCGAGGCAGACCUGUUGAUUGGCGCCGACGGAUUUCGUUCUCAAAUUCGUCGGUCGCUCUGGAAAGACAGCGAGGGCGAGUUCUUGGAGCCACUGGGAUACUAUUAUGCCGCCUACAAUUUCAGCCAGCAGGCGGAAACGCAGAACGAUUGUCACUCGUUCAACCGCCCGGGACAGUUGGACAUGCUGUUCGCUUUGCGAGACAAAGGCAUGACCGGCAUGCACAUUUGGCGCGAGGACCAGACCUUAUCGACAGAAAGCUCCCGGGACAAGUUUGACAUUCUCCGCAAGAUCACCUCCCAAAGCGUUCAGCAAGUGCGCGACGCUGUUGAUCAGGCCGACAAAGCUGGCGCUCUGGUGAACAUGGACAGUCUCACGCUGGUGACCCUACCGCGAUGGUCCAAGGGCCGAGUGGUCCUCCUGGGCGAUGCAGCACACUGCUUGACGCUUCUUUCAGGGCAGGGCGCCGGUAUGGCACUGGUGUCGGCGGAGAUACUAGGCAAAGAACUCCAGAAAACGCCGGACGUCCUUGAGGCGCUCCGAAACCACGAGGCGAAGCUCCGUCCGUCGAUUGAACGACUCCAAGCCCGUUCCAGGCGCAUGGCGGCGUGGUUUAUCCCCAAAAGCACCAUCGCCUACUAUUUCCGCAACCUCCUCCUCAAGAUCUUGCCCUACUCCUGGAUCGUAAACUUCCAUGUCAGCACCAUCAAGUCAGAGAUUGAGCUGCUCUGAUACUGUCGGGGAGCUCUUGGGGAUACGGUCUUGACCGCCCCAUCAGUUGGAAGGGACCGUCGAGAUGGAAUGUCAUGGCAGGAGAUCCAGGGGCCAUACGAACCUGGUGUUCGACCACUCAAAUCUCAGGUUUCCGAGGCGCAGCUGUUGAGGAGGGAGGCAAAGCAUUGUAGAAGCACCGCAAGAUUCGUAAGAUCAGCAUUCACUCGCAGUCAAUGCCAAUCGCGGGGCUUAGGCCACUAAUUUCCCAUCCUCGAUGCACAGGUUUUGCGCGGGGAAGCAUGGUUUCGCAGAUAGUUUUCGCCACCAAGCCUUAGGCCCUCAAAGCCUGGAGGUUGGAAGGUUCUUGUGGUGAAUCUAGCGAGCAUUGCGCCAUAGCCAUAGGCACCGCAAGCUC